CAGUGCAACAUAAUUAAUGCAUUUGCAGAGUCUGGAGCCUUUCCUUCCCUAUUAUCUCUAUAAUAUUAGAGACCCAACAAUAAUCUCCACAGCCAUCUUUAAUUCAUUCAUAUUCUCUGACACCUUGCGUCUCCAUUCAUCGUCCUCAUCACCAUCAUACCCACUACCAUAGUCAUUGUCAUAAUCAUGUCCCAUAUCAGAGAUAGUGCUCUUCCGACACCCUCCUGGCUCCUACUCAAAUUCCUUAACCUCCUCUCUCCAUAUCUCUUGUGAUCUUUUCAGUUUCUACGAUUCCCUUGUUAACAGGGGGCUGCCACAGCUAUACUGCUAGCACAAAACUAGUGGGUGGGAUAAUUUGGUUCUUCGUCAUUUUGUCCCAUCAUGAACCUGGUUUGGCUUUUACUACUGCCAAUCCUCUACUUUGCCUUGUUUUCUGAUGGCGGUUCAAGACCUGCCUCUGUGAACAUCGGAGCUAUUUUCACCUUUGAUACCAUAAAUGGAAAAGUUGCAAGGAUUGCAAUGAAGGCUGCCGUGGAUGAUGUGAAUUCUGAUCUCAGCAUUCUUGGUGGAAGCAAACUGGCUCUUACAUUCCAUGACUCCAACUAUAGUGGACUUUUUGGCAUAAUUGGAGCUCUACAAUACAUGGAGGCAGAUACUGUGGCCAUUAUUGGUCCUCAGCAUCCUGUUAUGGCCCAUGUACUCUCACAUCUAGCAAAUGAACUUCAAGUCCCUCUGCUAUCAUUCACGGCCCUAGAUCCUACCCUCUCUGCUCUCCAGUAUCCCUUCUUUCUGCAAACUGCUCCCAAUGAUCUGUUCCUAAUGUCUGCAAUCGCAGAUAUGGUGAGUUACUAUGGUUGGAGAGACGUAAUUGCAGUCUUCACUGAUGAUGAUGGUGGCCGAAAUGGCGUAGCUGCACUAGGUGAUAAACUUGCAGAGAGACGCUGCAGAAUUUCUUAUAAAGCUGCACUUCCCCCUGACCCUGGAGCUACUCGGAGUGGAGUUACAGAUAUACUGAUUAAGGUGGCAUUAAUGGAGUCCAGGGUGAUUGUUUUAAUAACUUAUGCCAAAUCAGGUGAAUUGGUCUUUGAUGUAGCCCACUAUCUUGGAAUGAUGGGGAAUGGUUAUGUGUGGAUAACCACUACUUGGCUCUCUACUGUUUUGGAUUCAACCUCUCCACUUCCUCCAGCAAAGAGAGAUUCUAUUCAAGGAGUUCUCACAUUACGCCCACACACACCAGAUUCAGAGAAGAAAAGAGCUUUCGUUUCUAGGUGGAAUCAGAUCAGUGGUGGCUCUAUUGGGUUGAAUCCUUAUGGUUUAUAUGCCUAUGAUACUGUAUUGAUGAUAGCUCAUGCAGUUAAGGCAUUUUUUUAUCAAGGUGGUACCAUUUCAUUCUCCAAUAAUUCAAGAUUAAGUGAUUUUUCAGGAGGGACUCUAAACCUUAAAGCAAUGAACAUUUUUGAUGGAGGGAAACAAUUUCUGAACAAUAUAUUACAGACCAAUAUGACAGGCCUGACUGGACCAAUUCGGUUUAACUCAGAUAGGUCACUUAUUAAUCCUGCAUUUGACAUCAUUAAUGUGAUUGGAACUGGAUUUCGACAGAUUGGGUACUGGUCUAAUUAUUCCGGGCUGUCAGUUGUGCCACCUGAGAUACUCUAUGCAAAGCCACCCAACCGCUCAAGUUCAAACCAAAAACUAAAUAAUCCAAUCUGGCCAGGAGAUACAACAACAAAGCCACGUGGGUGGGUUUUCCCAAACAAUGGGAGACAAUUGAGAAUUGGCAUUCCCAAAAGAGUUAGCUUUCAGGAAUUUGUUUCACAAGUACCAGGAACAGAUAUGGUCAAGGGCUACUGCAUAGAUGUAUUUCUUGCAGCCAUAAACUUGCUGCCAUAUGCUGUUCCAUAUAGGUUUGUUCCCUAUGGAGAUGGUUUGGAGAAUCCAAACUAUAAUGAGUUUGUGCGUUUGAUUACAACAGAUUUCUUUGAUGCUGUUAUAGGUGAUAUUGCAAUUGUCACAAACAGAACAAAGAUUGUGGAUUUUACACAGCCAUAUAUUGAGUCAGGGCUAGUUGUAGUGGCCCCAAUGAGGAAGCUAAACUCAAGUGCUUGGGCUUUCCUUCGCCCAUUCACUCCAAUGAUGUGGGCUGUAACAGCAGCUUUUUUCCUUGCUGUGGGAGUAGUUAUCUGGAUUCUGGAACAUAGAAUGAAUGAUGAAUUCCGGGGACCACCUAGAAAACAAGCUGUUACAAUUCUGUGGUUCAGCUUCUCAACUUUGUUUUUUGCUCAUAGAGAGAACACAGUUAGCACUCUUGGACGCUCAGUGUUGCUCAUAUGGCUAUUUGUGGUUCUUAUAAUCAACUCAAGCUACACCGCAAGUCUAACAUCAAUCCUCACAGUUCAACAGCUCUCUUCACCAAUUAAAGGAAUUGAAAGCUUGAUAACAAGUACAGAACCUAUUGGUUUCCAAGUAGGGUCCUUUGCUGAAAAUUAUUUGAUUGAAGAGCUCAACAUCCCUAAAUCUAGACUUGUUGCUCUUGGGUCACCAGAACAGUAUGCCAUAGCCCUUGAGAAGGGGAAAGUUGCAGCUGUAGUAGAUGAGCGUUCAUAUGUGGAGCUAUUCCUCUCAAAUCAGUGCAAGUUCUCAAUAGUAGGUGAGGAAUUUACCAAAAGCGGCUGGGGAUUUGCAUUUCCAAGAGAUUCUCCCCUACCCAUUGACAUGUCCACUGCCAUUCUCACACUAUCAGAGAAUGGUGAUCUCCAAAGGAUUCAUGACAAGUGGCUGAGUAGAAAAACUUGUUCGCAGAGCACAGAGCUUGAACCUAACAGGCUUCAUCUUAGGAGCUUUUGGGGCCUCUUUCUCAUAUGUGGCAUUGCAUGCUUUUUGGCACUCUUCAUAUACUUCAUUUCGGUGGUGCGGCAGUUCAGCCAAGAGUUUAAUAGUGAAGCAGAUUCUUCUAGUCAUGCUAGCUCACGGUCUAGACGCCUUCAUUCAUUCUUAGCAUUUGUUGAUGGGAAGGUAGAUGAAUCAAGGAGCAAAUCCAAAACAAAACUAACGGAGAAUUCACCAAAUACCAUUGUUGAGGAAGAUGAACAGAGAAGAGGAUACAAGAGAAAACAAAUGGAGGCAUCUGCAAACAGCAGCGUCGAUGACUAUACUUAGCUUAACAAACAAACUUAAUCUUAGAUUGAUUUUCCUGCAAACCACAACAUCUUUUGAUACCUCUAGUUUUCAUAUAUUCUUGUAAUUACAUCCAUAUGUUCAGGGAUUUUUCCCUUCAAGCAAACUACAUUCAGUUUUUGACAUUGUUAGUGGGUUACUCGGUAUAUGUUCAAUGGUGUAUAUUCAAUUCUAUUGCAACAGUGGAAACAUAAAGAAAUUUUCACAACGUGCAUAUA